UUUUCCGCUCGUUCGUUACCUGACUGGCGAGGUUUAGCUAAAGAGACAACAGCCACAGGAGAGAGAGGAGGAAAAUGGAAUGAAGAAAAUUACAUAAACAAAACUAUGAGGUUGGAAUUUCCGUGUCUUAAACCAACCGGAGAAGGUACACGCUUUCCCUCCCUUCGUUCAUUGUUUGUUUUGACGAAUAGGUGUAGAGCUGUUGUGUUAGUCCGUCUGUCCAACCAACCGCUCCACCAGGUGUAUCAGACCGCUGGGAAUGACUGCACCUUCACAACCUCACCAGGAGUGGGCCCUGGAGGACGACGCCCACAUCAAUCACACAGCCAGGAGCUAGGAGCACCUUCCUUCCUUUAGCUAGGAUAGGCUUCCUUCCUUUAGCUAGGAGCACCUUCCUUCCUUUAGCUAGGAUAGGCUUCCUUCCUUUAGCUAGGAUAGGCUUCCUUCCUUCCUUUAGCUAGGAUAGGCUUCCUUCCUUUAGCUAGGAUAGGCUUCCUUCCUUCCUUUAGCUAGGAGCACCUUCCUUCCUUUAGCUAGGAUAGGCUUCCUUCCUUUAGCUAGGAUAGGCUUCCUUCCUUUAGCUAGGAUAACCUUCCUUCCUUUAGCUAGGAUAGGCUUCCUUCCUUUAGCUAGGAUAACCUUCCUUCCUUUAGCUAGGAUAGGCUUCCUUCCUUCCUUUAGCUAGGAUAGGCUUCCUUCCUUCCUUUAGCUAGGAUAACCUUCCUUCCUUUAGCUAGGAUAGGCUUCCUUCCUUUAGCUAGGAUAACCUUCCUUCCUUUAGCUAGGAUAACCUUCCUUCCUUUAGCUAGGCUAACCUUCCUUCCUUUAGCUAGGAUAACCUUCCUUCCUUUAGCUAGGAUAGGCUUCCUUCCUUUAGCUAGGAUAACCUUCCUUCCUUUAGCUAGGAUAACCUUCCUUCCUUUAGCUAGGAUAGGCUUCCUUCCUUUAGCUAGGAUAGGCUUCCUUCCUUUAGCUAGGAUAACCUUCCUUCCUUUAGCUAGGCUAACCUUCCUUCCUUUAGCUAGGAUAACCUUCCUUCCUUUAGCUAGGAUAACCUUCCUUCCUUUAGCUAGGAUAGGCUUCCUUCCUUUAGCUAGGAUAAGCUUCCUUCCUUCCUUUAGCUAGGAUAGCCUUUCUUAGUUCGCUAGUGUGAAUCCAGUCCUAGGUUGAGAUGCAGCUUUGAUGCUGGUGGUGAUUGGAGAAGAAAGAGAGAGCCUCAAACCCACAGAAGAGGAUGGCUCAUCACUUCACCUGAUCUUUACGCUCUACCCUCACUGUUGCUAACUUGAUUAGUAGUUAUCAGCUCAGCCGUUGAAGUCCGCAGGCCUCAUAAACAGUAUAUUCACACUCACACAUUCAGUACUAGCCCUACACUGUGUGUGGUGACUUGGCUCUCUCCACCUCUCCGUUCCCCUCCACGCCCCCUGCCGGUCUGGUGGAUGUUUUGGCGGCUCUGAGGACCGCAUGGCAGUGGCGUAAUCGUGGAGAGGCCAGGGUACCACAAACUUAUGGACUUUGACAAGAGAGGAGGAGGAGGAGGAGGAGGAGGAGGAGGAGGAGGAGGAAAGGGGGAGGCAGAGGAAGGGAAGAGGAUGUCAAAGACAGGAGGGAGCCGGUCGGGGCAUGGCAGUCGCAGCUCGGGGAGCAACUCCGGGGUGCUCAUGGUGGGCCCUAACUUUCGGGUCGGGAAGAAGAUCGGCUGUGGGAACUUUGGAGAGCUUCGCCUCGGGAAGAACCUGUACACUAAUGAAUAUGUGGCUAUCAAACUGGAGCCCAUCAAGUCGCGGGCCCCACAGCUCCACCUGGAGUACAGGUUCUAUAAGCAGCUGGGGAGUUCAGAGGGCGUCCCCCAGGUAUUCUACUUUGGGCCCUGUGGGAAGUAUAAUGCCAUGGUUCUGGAGCUGCUGGGGCCCAGUCUGGAAGACCUGUUUGAUCUGUGUGACAGAACCUUCUCCCUCAAGACCGUCCUCAUGAUCGCAAUUCAGCUGAUCACGCGGAUGGAGUUCGUCCACACCAGGAGUCUGAUCUACCGGGACGUGAAGCCAGAGAACUUCCUGGUUGGCCGGCCCGGCAGCAAGCGGCAGCACACCAUCCACAUCAUCGACUUCGGCCUGGCCAAAGAGUACAUCGACCCCGAGACCAAGAAACACAUCCCUUACAGGGAGCACAAGAGCCUGACGGGCACCGCACGUUACAUGAGCGUCAAUACUCACCUGGGUAAAGAACAAAGCAGGAGAGACGACCUGGAAGCUCUAGGUCACAUGUUCAUGUACUUCCUGCGAGGCAGUCUGCCCUGGCAGGGCCUGAAGGCAGACACUCUGAAGGAGCGCUAUCAGAAGAUAGGUGACACCAAGAGAGCCACGCCCAUCGAGGUGCUGUGUGAGAGCUUCCCAGAAGAGAUGGCCACCUACCUGCGUUAUGUGCGGCGCCUGGAUUUCUUUGAGAAGCCGGACUACGACUACUUACGGAAACUCUUCACCGACCUCUUCGACAGGAACGGCUACGUCUUUGAUUACGAGUACGACUGGGUCGGCAAGCCACUGCCCACUCCUAUUGGUCCAGUCUCCAGUGAUCCCCUCCUACAGUCCAGCAGCAGAGACAAGGCAGCGCCACAGACCAAAAACCAGUCGCCAGAACCCAAAGGAAGUGAUUCCCAGCCCACUCCAGUGACCAAUAGGGAGCUGCUGGGGUCCCAUCUAACAGCUGAUAGGCUGGAGGGCUCUGUCCAGGUGUUGAGUUCAACCAAUGGGGAGCUGAAUACAGACGACCCGACGGCGGGCCACUCCAAUGCACCCAUCACUGCCCCGGCCGAGGUGGAGGUGGUCGACGACACCAAGUGCUGCUGUUUCUUUAAGAGGAGGAAGAGGAAAGGCCUCCACAGACACUAGUGAGGAAGAGGAAAGGCCUCCAGAGACACUAGUGAAGAAGAGGAAAGGCCUCCAGAGACACUAGUGAAGAAGAGGAAAGGCCUCCAGAGACACUAGUGAAGAAGAGGAAAGGCCUCCAGAGACACUAGUGAAGAAGAGGAAAGGCCUCCAGAGACACUGGUGAAGAAGAGGAAAGGCCUCCAGAGACACUAGUGAAGAAGAGGAAAGGCCUCCAGAGACACUAGUGAAGAAGAGGAAAGGCCUCCAGAGACACUAGUGAAGAAGAGGAAAGGCCUCCAGAGACACUGGUGAAGAAGAGGAAAGGCCUCCAGAGACACUGGUGAAGAAGAGGAAAGGCCUCCAGAGACACUGGUGAAGAAGAGGAAAGGCCUCCAGAGACACUAGUGAAGAAGAGGAAAGGCCUCCAGAGACACUAGUGAAGAAGAGGAAAGGCCUCCAGAGACACUAGUGAAGAAGAGGAAAGGCCUCCAGAGACACUGGUGAGGAAGAGGAAAGGCCUCCAGAGACACUAGUGAAGAAGAGGAAAGGCCUCCAGAGACACUAGUGAAGAAGAGGAAAGGCCUCCAGAGACACUAGUGAAGAAGAGGAAAGGCCUCCAGAGACACUAGUGAGGAAGAGGAGGAGUUGUUGGCAACCAGACUGACAGAGGGAAGGAAGCAGUACUGAAACUAAGCUGAGCCCAGUACUCUACACCCUCCUCUCUGUCUGUCUCACUCUGCGUGUGUUCAGUUAGAGCGCCCCCUGUCGACCCUCCUGCAGUACUACAACAGACUGUGAUGCCCUGCCGCUACAGACAGACAGGACCCAAUGGGACAGAACCAUGACUGUCUGUGUGGUUGGACCUGUUUUAUAUUCUAAACCUGAAGAAGAAGAAGAUUGUAAGGAAUAAAUGUGUAUAUUUCUAUGAGGAUGAUGGAUGGAUGAAUGAACAAGGCCUGAAUAUGAGCGCAUGAUGUGUGGAUGAAUGGAUAAAUGAAUGAAGAGAGCCUAGAACGACCUGAGAAAUCAUAAGAGACUAUUAAAGGACAGAGAACAAA